CUGUCUGUUUACUUCGUUCGUUUUUUCCUUCGUUCUUUCAGUCCAUUGCUGCAACCAGUUUCAUUUGAUGAUUUCUUACUGCAGUAGGGGAUAUUGGCAGCGAGUUAAGUUGCUAAUUCUUUUUCAUAUGGACGGACAUACAUUCAUUGAUAAAUUUACUGGGUCGUAGUAAGAAUAUAUUUUCAAUGAGAAACAAGAAGAAAAAAAAAAAGAAGAAAAUAGUACGAUAAUGAACUGACACGUUCGAUUGAGGAAGAGGGUGUGAAAGAAAGGAAGUUGUCUGUGUCGUGUCAAUAAACCAAAUAUGUAUAAUUGCAUGAGUGUAUAUAUAUGUAUAUAUAUAUAUUUAUAUAAAAAUGAAUGUAUUUGUGUUUUAGCAGACAACUAAUUAAUUAUUUUGGUAUUUUCCUAUUGUUAUUAAAUAUUGCUCUGCAACAGAAAGAACGAACCAAUCAUUGUUAGGCAUCUCUAAAAGGAUAUAAAAUGAAAAUGAAUAAAAAUAAAACGUGAAAACAAAUAAAUAAAGAAAGAAACAAACAAGCACAUAUAAAUAAGAUCAGGUUUAUUGAUCUCCUACUUGAAAUUGUUGCCGGCCAUAAAGUGUGGUAGGGCGGUGUUAACUGUGCGGGUAGUCGUUUUUAGGUGAUAGGGGGAAUGUACAAGAGAGGGGAGUGGGAAAAUGAACGAAGCAAUAGUCGUGAAAGUGAUAAAUAGCUGAAGACAGCAGAGCACGUCAACAGAAAAUUUGGUUGUUGCGAUUCAAUUGUAUCCAUGUGUUACGCCAAGAACUGUCGUUUAAUGGGACAUUGUUGCAAAGUUCCUUCAGUGCAGCAGCUAUGAUAGAUAAUAGUAGCUGUUGGAUUAGCACAAAACAGAGACAGUCUGCUUGUAGAAUAAAAGCUUCAUCUGGUAUGUGCACAUGGGACCUACUAUGUUUAUCAAUUUUUCUUCAAAUUCGCCCAAUAUUUUUAGGAUAAGAAUGGAGCCUUACUGUCUUAAUAUGUGCAAAUUUUGAGGGUAGAAAUAAUAUUUUACUUUAGGUUUCCCUCCUAAGAAUGGUUGUGUUGGAUCUUGAUAUGAUCAGUAUGGAACUUCCUGAAGUGAGUUUUCAGAAUAUCAUCCGUUGGGGUUCAGCAUCAGCCAUGAUGUUUGGGGGGGUGGUUCCCUUCAUUCCACAAUAUGCUGAUAUCAAACGCUCCGCUAAUGCUGAUGGCUUUUCUACAUUUGUUUGUUUAACACUGCUGGUUGCCAACAUUUUACGAAUAAUGUUCUGGUUUGGCAAAUUUUAUGAAUUUCCAUUAUUAUUCCAAAGUAUCAUUAUGAUUUUAACCAUGAUUGUUAUGAUGCACCUUUGUGUAACAGUGAAACAAAAAUCAGAAAUUAUUGCUUCUAAAUCGAGAACAUUUACAGCAGAUGGGAAAAAAUGCCUCAAAACAGAAGAAUGUUAUUCUUCACAUACAACAUCAUGUUGCCAUGCAAACACACUGCCAGGCCGAACUUUUCUUGAUUUUGAUACACGUUAUUUCUGGAAGUGGACAGACUUUGCUAGUUAUCUACAGUUUUUAAUUUUCUUUGUGGCCUUUCUCACUUUGAUGAACUUCUUAUUCCUUGAAAGUACUUUCUAUGUUGAAACAGUUGGAUUUUUGGCUGUGUUUGCUGAGGCUUGUUUAGGUGUGCCCCAGUUUUAUAAAAAUUUUCAGAAUAAGUCUACUGUUGGAAUGAGUAAAAAAAUGGUUGGUUUUUGGACUCUAGGAGAUGUCUUCAAAACUGUAUAUUUUAUUUUAAGAGCAGCGCCUGCUCAGUUUUGGAUUUGUGGUGUCUUACAAAUAUCUAUUGAUUUGUCUAUAUUUGCACAGGUUUUAUACUAUGGGGGGUUUCAGGGCCGCAUUAUGUCCAAAUCAGCGGUCAGCUAGCCCAGACAAUCUGGAAAUGACUGUGGUGGAAGAAGCAGAACAACAACCAGAGAGCUAAACAUGGUUAUAUUAAUUUCUGUAAUUUCUUAAAAUUGUUUGUUAUUACUAUGAUUAUUUUCAUCAUUAUUAUAAUUAUAAUUAUUAUUAUUAUUAUUAUCGUUAUUAUUAUCAUGACUUGGUGCAAUCUGACUGGCUUAUGAAAGGUUGACAUGCAUUAUCAACAUGUAAGAAUGAAAAGUAUGAUGUUAUCAAAUUAUCUGUCAAUCAAUCUAUCUCUGUGUCACUGUCUGUCUGUCUGUCUGUCUCUGUCUCUCUUUCUCCCUAUAUAUAUAUAUAU